CGUAGCCAGCCUGACGAUAUUUUCCCGCUAUGUAAACUUCAAGUUAUUAUAACUAUUCGUGCCUUUAGAAAUCUAUUGUUUUCACAGUCACUGAACACCAAAAUAUUAGCAUAGCGGGACAAAUUGACAGGCUGGCUACGCUACUGGUCAGAUUGAACUCUUGACUGCGUUUGCUUCGCCACUGAAUAUAGAACCCUCAUGCAGCAUAACCUCGCCGGUUUAUAGAUCGAUUGUCAUAAACAGAAUUCUCAGUGAUAGUAGCCCUGUCUACGCUAGCAUUCACGCUUGCCAUGUCACCGCAAGAACACUUACAUUUAAUCAGCCGAGUACGAAUUUCUUUCGCAUUCUUUCCAUCAACUACCUUCCGCCUCAAAAAGUAUAUUUUCAUUUGCUGGCGAUGACCACUUUCCUUGUCGGAUAAGACCAUCCCUUACGAAUUCUUUCAAGCUGUCAUAAUCCCCAAUGCACUCAUAACAUUGCACAUAGAAUAGACAUGUUAUGCCAUAACGUUAUUGGUGUCAUUAAUGUUAUUAAUGUUAUUGGUGUUAUUGGUGUUAUAGGCGUUAUAGGUGUCAUUGGUGUUAUAGGCGUCAUUGGUGUUAUUGGUGCCAUUAGUGUUACUGGUGUUAUUGGUGUCAUUGGUGUCACAGGCGUUAUGGGUGUUAUGGGUGUUAUGGGUGUCAUAGUCGUUGUUGGUGUUAUGAGCGUUAUAGGCGUUAUUAGUGUCAUUGGAGUUAUAGGCGUUAUUGGUGUCAUUAGUGUUAUGGGCGGGUUGUUCAAAAGCCGGCUAACGCUAUCCCAGGGCUAAAAUGGCCUAACCCAGGGAUAAAUUUUAUCCCUAGGUUAAUUUGCGUUGUUCAAAAGUGGGCUAGCGCUAACCCAGGGACAAACGAUGGGCUAAAUUUAACCCAACUCAAACAGUGGGUUAACUUUAGCCCAACACUUUUAAAAUAAAAAAAAACAAAAAUAAACAACAUGGAUGGCCUUCCGUUCAAUUUAUUCCGUGUUGUUUAUCCACGUCAAGAACGAACAUAUCGUCCACGCAAUCUAAACGUGAUUGGCUUUAAUGACAGCCAGUUAAGAGCAAGAUAUAGGUUCGGCCGAAAUGCCAUAAACUACAUAACAAAUCUGCUUUACGAUGACCUUGUCAGGGAUACACAACGCGGCCAUGCUCUUUCUCCGGAUUCACAAGUACUCAUCGCACUGAGGUUUUACGCAACAGGCAGCUUCUUACAAGUUGUUGGAGAUACGUUUGGUGUUGAUAAGGGUACAGUGUCCCGUGUCGUAAGAGAUGUGUCCUUGGCACUUAACAGGAGACAGCAAGAGUUUAUUAAAUGGCCAACAAACGUAGAAAUCGCAGACAUCAAAAAUAAUUUUUUUGCACUAGCUGGCUUUCCGUGCGUAAUUGGGUGUAUCGAUUGUACCCACAUCCGAAUUCAGGCUCCGUACGUGCACGAGAACAAUUAUGUAAACAGGAAGCGGUAUCACUCGAUCAAUGUACAAGGAAUUUGCGAUCAUGAAGGAAAAUUCAUCAAUAUUGUGGCACGAUGGCCAGGAAGUACACACGAUAGCCAUAUACUGCAUACAUCAAACAUAUGCACUCACCUGGAGAACCACCACCAUGAUCUAGAUGAUGGUGUUCUGCUUGGUGACAGUGGUUACCCUUUAAAGGCAUUUUUAAUGACCCCAUACAGCACCCCAAACACACCAAAUGAGAGGGCAUUCAACCGAGCACACAAGAAAACAAGGGUGACGAUUGAAAGAACAUUUGGAAUGCUAAAACGGAGAUUCCAUCUACUGCAUGGGGAGGUGAGAAUGCAACCGGAAAAGGUGUGCCAGCUCAUUGGUGCAUGUGCAAUAUUACACAAUAUUGCACUUGCAUUCAAUGAGCCCAGGUUAGAUAUUGAGGAUGAGGACGACCAACCAGAGGUGGAGGAAUAUGUUGGACCCCAAAAUGGUCAUCUAAUCAGGGAACAUAUAACUAACACCUUUUUUUAACUUUUUAUAAAGUAGAAUUAACUGAGCCUAUAAUGCAAGAAUUGUUACCAAAAUAAGCAAGUUUGUAAAAUAAUAAUAUAAUUCAAUUAUCACAAAAAUGUAUAAUUAUUAAUUACUAAUUCAUUAAAUUAUUUGUAUAUACAGUACAAUAGAAAAUUGUUCAUUGAAAUUUACACUACAGGGUGAGCAAAAAAAACCUGACACCUUUGAAAUUCAAAUUAGCUGCAAUGUAUCUGCAAUCGGCUGUAAUAUAUUACAGAAGUUGCCUAAGAUAUCUCAUGGGUAUA